UGAUUAUAGGUAUGAACUUGCCACGUUUAGCAAUAAAGCCGAUAAGGCCACCAGUUGGCUUGCCUCAGCCUGUGAUAAGACAGCCGGAACCUCCCUCGAAUAUCAUUGGAGAUAAGGAAGCUAUGCAGGUGAAUGGUGUGGAAUACCCGUGUAAAGUAGAGGAUCUAAUUGACGAAGGAGAGAUAGGCAGAGGAAGGUUCGGUUCUGUUCACCGGAUGAAACAUAAACCUUCAGGAGUUGAGAUGGCAGUAAAGAGGAUGAUAGUUACAGUUGACGACAGGGAACGGAAGACUCUCCAGAUGGAUGUUACUGUUAUUAUGAAGGCAGAGUGUCCGUAUAUCGUGAAGUUUUACGGAGCCCUGUUCAGGGAGGGAGAGGUGUGGAUAUGUAUGGAACGUAUGGACACGUCCCUGGAUAAGUUCUAUAGGUUCGUGUACCAGACGAUUAGUAUAAAGAUACCAGAGGAUGUGCUCGGUAAAAUGGUGGUGUCCAUUGUCCAGGCUCUCAGCUACCUCAAAAGAGAGCUGAACAUCAUUCACCGUGACGUAAAGCCAAGUAAUAUCUUGAUAAACAGUGCUGGUUGUAUCAAGAUGUGUGAUUUUGGUAUAAGUGGGGAGCUAGUUAACAGUAUAGCUGCCACCAGGGAGGUCGGGUGUAAACCCUACAUGGCUCCUGAACGCAUUGACCCUGCUCCUGGUCGGGACGGGUUUGACGUAAGAUCAGAUGUUUGGUCAUUAGGGAUAUCCGUGAUAGAGUUAGCAACGGGAAAGUUCCCAUUUCCCCCCUGGAACAGUGUCUUUGAUCAGCUGACAAGCGUGGUGGAAGGCAGACCCCCCUCCCUACCAGAGACUGGCGACUUCUCCGAUAACUUCAGAGAUUUUGUGGUGAAGUGUUUGAUUAAGGACGUUGAUGCGCGGCCCAAGUACCGCGAGUUGCUCACGCACCCCUUUAUUCUGGAGAGUGAGAGUAGGCAGGUGGAUGUGGAGGGCUGGGCUAGUAAUGUGUUGGGUCAGGCUGCUGCCAAGAACUUUAAACUAUGAUUUAAAGCGGUACGGGGCUGCGAGCGCCUGCUCAGUUUUAGGCUACCAUGAGAGAGUCGUGAGGAUUUAUACGACUCGCUAGGAUGGAGUGUGUUUUGUAGCGACACCAAGAGGACGGGCGAGGGCCAACCAAGGUUUUGUAAUCGACUAUAUUACUUUAAACAUUGUGUCGACAUUGGACAUUGCGCCAAACUGAUCGACGCUUUUCCGAGAGCAAAUCUUGAAUACCUGGCAUGUUUUGUAUGGCUGGCAUAUUGGUGCUGUGGUAUUGUUAUAUCGUUUUGUACGCCGAGGUCAACCAUUUUUGAUUCUUAGAUUGUUAAGAAUUGGACUCGUAGAAACUGUUGUUUCUGCCAAAAGUUAUUUCGAUUAGAUUCGCGGUGCUUGAGAGAUUAGAUAUGAUAAUGAGAUUAAUAUGAAAUAAAACUUCCAAACUGGUUUGCCGCUUUUAACACUAGAUAGUUUUGUUUGAUAACAUAAAAUUGACAAGGCACAUUUCUUACGCAGUAUCAUAACCUCGCUAUAUAGUUAGGAUACGUUAAGAAUUUACGAUAUUUUGAUGAUUUGAAUUUUUAAAAAGUUCGUGUUUAACCGCUAAAAUUGAAUCUUGUGCUAGCUGUAGAUACACGAAAAUAUUGACGUAAUCGCAAAGGAUUACCCCGAGGAUUUGUUAUCAUUAUUAUAGUAUUGUAUGCUAUCAUUUUAUCUAUACAAAACGUAACGACUCUAAAACCAUUGUACGAUAUGUUACAUACAAAGACUUUUAAUGAAAUGUUCGAGUUGAGAGACGAAAUUUCUAGUUUAAAAGUCGUUAUUCAUAUCGGCAAUUUUUAUUCUAAAGAUCGACCACCCCUACUCGAUUAAAUUAUUCUCAUUAGUAUGAUAAUGAUUAUAUUCGUGGUUUUUGAAGUUUAUUUGAUGGUAAACUGUUUUGUGUGCCCUUUUAUCGAUAAACAUAGCAGUGAUUUAUGGAUUUACUGCUAUCUCUGCAGUGAUUCCUUUUUGUAAUACUAAAUUUAUAAACGA